AAAUUUUUUUUUUCAAUUUCAUCUAUGUCACGCUUAUGACUUUAUCUAUGUAAAGAAGGGGACGUGCAUCGAUGCUCGUAAUCAAGGAAUAGAAAGAAAAAGGAGAACAGAUGAACACUAUUGCGCAUGCGUAAAGAACAAAGAGGAGAAUUUGAGACCUACCGACCCAUCAAAAAGGGCCUACUAUUCUUUUUCACUUUCUUCACAACUGAUUCUCAAACGGCUUUAAGUUGAUGUUAUACUUUUUAUUGCAUAAAGAUAAUUUAUAGUUUGAGUUAAAAUGACAACAAUAUUAUUACAAACUGGUUUAAGAUUUGUAAUUUCUAAUAAGUGUUUUGAAAAAAUAGCUCUUUUAUAUUGUAAAAUACCACAAAAACAAAAUACCAUUCAAUCAUACUAUAAACAGUAUCAUAAAUAUGUUCCGGAAACGUAUAAUACAAAAAAUGUGCAUCAAAUAAGUACUUCAAUCUCUUUAAAUGAAGAAAUAAUUGAUAACGAUUCAGACAAUGAACAAGAAAGGGGACAAUCAAUUUUUUGGAGAAGAAAAAUGCGAACAUUACAUAAUCAUUUGGAUGUUAAUAAAGAUGGUAUUAUUAGUUAUGAUGAUUUUAUGUUGUUUAGAAAAAGAUUUUGCGACUUAGGACAUUUGAAUUUAGAAGCUAAAGUUGAAUUCAAAAAAGUAUUAAAUAAAAUGUGGGAAGAACAAUGGGGAGAAAUUAGUCCAUAUAAUCUUAUUUGUGUUGAAAAAUAUCUGGAAAAAAUGCAACAUGUUCUUAAUGAUUCAUCAUUGAAAAAAAAAUGUCAUCAUUUUUUGCCAUUUUUAUUCAAAGCAGUAGAUAAAGACCAUAAUGGUGAAAUUUCUAUACAAGAAUAUAAGUUAUUUUUUCAAUGUUUAGGACUUACACAUGAUGAUGCAGUUAUCUCCUUCAAUCAUAUUGAUAUUAAUGAUGAUGGUAAAAUUAGUUCCAAAGAAUUUAUAAUAUUGGGUCGUGAAUUUUUCUUAACAGAAGAUCCUACAAAACCCAGUAAAUAUUUCUGGGGUCCAUUGAUAGAUUAAAUUUCUUAUUGCAAGCCUAUA